GAAGAGUAUUCAGAUAUUAAACGUUUCGGGGGGAUGUAUUGUGAUGUAAUAAGAGAAGGUCAUUUGUUCGUGAAAGUAGUGAGGAGAAUCCUUGAUACUACAACUAAUCUGCGUUCAGUCCUUCUUGAGUGUAAGGUUUGUAAUCGGUAAUAAAGAUAUUGAAGAAGUAAAACAAUCAGCCAAAAAAGUUCAAAAUUGCAAGGGUGCUUUGUGGCAACCCAGCUGAGCAUUAACGGCCAUGGCUGGUUCAGAGAAGACGGUGAUGAAUGGCUGUGUGGCCUCUCCAUCCCCACAGAAAGAAGAGAAGGGAGGCAAGCCGAGGCCGAAUUAUAGCAUUCUCCUUUACAUUCCAAACCUCAUAGGAUACACUCGUCUGCUAUUGCUUCUGCUUGCCUUCUGCUUGUUACCAGCUUCACCUGCCUCGUUCGUUACCCUCUACUCCAUCUCUAUUACUCUGGAUGGUUUUGAUGGUUAUGCAGCUCGUAAGCUACAUCAGUGUUCCCUCUUUGGAGCUUGGUUUGAUGUGAUUUUGGACAAUCUGGGGAGGGGACUGCUAUGGGUACACAUACACCCGAUGUUGUAUUUGGUGUCAGCUGUAGAAUGGAUUUCAUUUGUCUGCAAUUAUUCAUUUGGAGCUAAAUGGCGUGAGAGUCUCAUUGAAGGACCCAAAGCUCCAACAAUAGUUACUUGCAUAUUGGCUAAUAAUUUUCGUAAUGCUUGGGGAGUGUGGGUCAUUGCUGGUCUCCAUGUGCUUCCUGUGUGGCUCCUGGGCAUUAAAUACAACAUAUUUGAGUCUCACCUGUGGUUUCUGCCUUUCUUUGUUCAACCUCUUGGUAUUUUUCUUCUGGGAACAGGGAGACUACUUUGUCUCUUUGUGGAAGUAUGGAGUAUAUGGAAUCAUAUGUACGGUCUUCUUGUGAACUCUUCCUCUUGCUGAGAUUUUAGUGAUGCAAAGAAAUUAGGAAGACACUUGAUUUUGGUAGCAUCAAUUUAUAUGACCUCUUACAGUUUAACUGAUGCAUUGAGUAAGAAUGUAAUAGAUAUACCAAAGAUAAUCAGGGAUAUUUUUAUAUGACUGGUUAAACAAAUGUAUUUCAUUUUGGCAUAUGAUUUUCUGUUAUUAAUUUAAAACAGUUAUAUUUCUGUCAACUUAUCUCUUUUGAAUCUCUCAGUUCAUUACUUGUAGUAUUAUGUUAUGAGAAAGACAUGUUUAUGACUUAAUUGAUAUAUUAUGUACCACAUAUGCCAGUCAUUAGCAAGUUAUAAGCUUUAUGUGAUAUAUAAGUUAAUACAUAUUGGAUAGUUACUUAAAAAAGUUUAGUGGAUGCAUCACAAACCUGAGGACAGUUAUUUUAAGCCACUGCUCCUUUAGGUACAUACCAUUCCGACUUUGAAUUUAAUUUAUAAAUUGUAUUUACAUUUUCCUUGAUUGUUGGAAAUAUUUUCUUUAAUUCUAUGUUGCUAUUAUGAAUGUCAAUAACAAUUGAUUAAUUAUAAGGUAUAGAAUAAUAAUAACGUCAAUGUUGGUAGCAUUAGUAAAAUAAAUUAUUUCCCAAAGACUCCUGGGAAGUUGAAAUCAAGUAAGGCCCUGAGGUCUACAUAUUGACUACUUAGUGGCAAAGUCCUUGUGAAGCCAUCUAUCAACUGGUUUGUUAAAAGUGUGAGAGACUAGACACAAUGAUUUUUCAUACAUAUGGGCAUGCAUUUACACAGAAUUAAAACAUAUCUGGUUAUCUAUCUGAUAUAUAUGUCUUUAUCUCUCUAACCAUAUGAGAAAUAUGCAAUCUAUAGUGAUAAAUAUACAAUCUAUAGUAAUAAAUAUACAAUCUAUAGUAAUAAAUAUACAAUCUAUAGUAAUAAAUAUGCAAUCUAUGCUAAUAGAUUUGCAAUUUUUUUGUGUAUAAGCAUGUUCAUAUAAAUGAAAUCAUAUUGAGUUGGACCUCGCACUGGUCGUAUGUCUAGAGAUAUUUCACAAAGCAAUACUACAGUGAACACAACAUUUUCCUGGUGGCAUUAGGAUAACAGAGGCUUCUUUAAGCAUGUAUGGCCUUUUCUUACCACCCAGUAGGUAGAAAAUGAUGGUAAAUCUUCAGCAGGAGUGCUUUUGGUUGUGAUGUCUUUGCUCCUCUUUGCAGUGAAAUGGACAUUUAGCUAUUAGUUUACCCAAAUCUUUGUUCUCCAUGUUUUUAAAUUUGACAACUUCAGUAACUUUAAAGCUGCUCUUUCUACCUCAGGUGUUUUCUCAAAUUAAUGUAACCAGUAAGAGCAAGGAUUUAAAGUCUAUUGACUUUAUUUUAAUGUGGAGUUGUUGCCGAGCAUUGGCAAUAUCCUCUGUCACACAAUAGCUUAUAUGAGGGUAAAUCAAAAAGUUCACAGAAUUUGCAGAACUAUGCUUAUUUACAAAGGACAAACAACAAUAUGAUUUAUUUUUCAAUAUUGUCUCCAGGCAAAUAUUUCCAAGUUUUUAAUCUUUAUUUAAUUAAUUUAAAUGACUGACUUCAAGAUAACAAGUCAGUGACAGAUUUUAACAUGUUUUACUCUGUUUUGACCUGCUCUCUGCUUGUUAUGACAAAUUUCAAUUGACUUUUUGCUUUACACUCAUAACUGUAUUUAAAACAAAAUCUUAAGAAAAAUGCAGGUAUCUAAUUAUGCUACUCGAUCCACUAAACCCAUUAUGUUGAUCAUUAUUUUGUAUCUAGUAGUAGUAAAUGAGUAUACUAAUACCAAUUAUAUGAUUAUGAAAAGAAUAUAAGAAAGUAAAAGUGAAAUCUUUA